UUUUGAAAAAAAGUCAAAAAGUAAAAGAAAAAAAAAAAAAUUUGUGAACCUCUCCAUGAGGUUCACCAAUGGAGAUGCUCUAAGAACAUGUACACUGGUUGAUGGUAAAAAAGAUUAAAACCCUAAUUUCAUACUUCGAAGUUCGAAAGUCUGAGUAGUUCCCCUUUGUCCUUGCGAAAUCACAAGAGAAACGAUGAUGAUGUCCGAUAUGCCACAGGAUCUCUUAGAAGAAAUACUUUCUAGGGUUCCAGCCGUAUCUUUGAAACGACUACGAUCAACUUGCAAACGAUGGAACGAUUUGCUCAAAGAUGAAAGAUUCACGGAGAAGCACUUUCUUAAAGCUCCAAAGCAGUCUCGGAUUCUCAUGUCGGACGACUAUAGGAUUUGUUCAUUGGACGUCGAUCUCAACGUUGCUCCUCCGGCUAUAGAGUUUAAGGGCCCACUCGGCCUAAGGGAUAUGCGACAAUUCGAUACAGAUGAGAUUUUUCAUUGUGAUGGUUUGUUGUUAUGCAGCAGUAAGUACGAAAAUAGACUCAUGAUUUGGAACCCGUGUUUGGGGGAAACUAGGUGGAUCGAAACCACAACUACUGAUAGCGAGGACCUUUUAUCUUAUUGCAGCUUUGCACUAGGAUACCAAAACAACAAAUCUUUCCGUAGUUUCAAAAUCUUGAAGUGUUGGAAUCGUGUCUUCCAUAUUGAGGGGUUUGAAAUCUAUGAUCUGAGCUCUGAUUCAUGGAGGGUUUUGGAUGACUUGGCUCUCAACUGCUGGAUACUAGAUAGUGGUGUGUCUUUGAAGGGAAAUGCUUAUUGGCUUGCUUUGGGAGAAACAGGUUCUGGGGACAGCAAGAAACUGUUCAUCUGUGGAGAGGACAAUGAAUAUUACAGACAAAUCCCUUGUGCAGGAACUACAAAUCCAGUUAUUUUCAGUUAUGUUCCAAGUUUGUUUCGAGUUCAGCAAAGUGGGAGCAAAUGAAAAUAAUGAAGACUAAAGGAAGUGAUUUUUUUU